UACCCUAGCAGGGCCUGCCUUGGAUUGACUCUCCCUCUCCAUCACACGGAGAAGUUUAGCCUCUCUCCUGUCUGGUCUGCUACCUGUUUGUUGAGGAUGAAAGGCCUCCUGGUCGUGGGCUUGCUGUCCUUAGCAUGGCUGGUCACCACGGUAUGUCAGGGUGUCAUCCAGGAGUUGUCCAUCCGAUCCAGCAUCGCACGCAUCCAUCAGGCCAGGGAGCGAAAGAGCCAGAUGGAAGAGGAGAUCAGCAACACCAAGUUGAAGAUGGGUGCCAUCCAGGCGGAGAUCAAUGAACUCAAGAAGAGCGAAGCUGAACUGAACCAGCAGCAGGUCGAGUUGGCUAAGAGCAGGGACGAGGCAGAGAGAGGCCUCCUGGCCUGCAGACCUGAGAAGAAGAAAGGACAGCAGAAGAAAACACAGAUUUCGGGCACUUUGCAGGAAUUGAAAGGGGCCCAGGAGGCUGAGAAGGUGAAGGCCCAGGAAGACAUUCAGAAGCUAAAACAGCAGCUGCUGGACAGAGACCAGGCAAUCUGCGCGUUUGUGGACAAAAACAAGCCGGAAGGAAUGAAAUUGUGUUCAUGAUGGAGGCCACAGCCAGCGUUGGGUCAUUUUACACAACAACACACACAAAACCAAGAGCAGUAAGUUCCCAAACAAGCC